UGCGGAUACGUAGAAGCCUUUCACUACAAGAUCAAACGGAGGUUAAUAGGUUCGAAGAGUCAAGGAGCACGGUGCUGUGGCGUAGGCUAGGGAAGAAAAAAGUGAUUUCAAGGAGUCACUUCAGUCGAAAGACAAGGUUUCAUUUUUAUUUUACAAGAAAUUGAAGUAUUAUCAUACAAGAGGUGUAGUUUCAAGAGUUGGUUAGAGCUUCAGUAAAAGACUCUGCGACAUCAUUGUGUUCAGUAUGCGUGAUAAAAUGGGUCUAAACUGAAUGUAUAUGGUAUAAGCAGAAAAUGAAAAGUUUUAUUUUUGAUGACUGAUUGAAAUUCAUAGUAAAAUACUGAAGAAAUAGCUAUGCCACCAUAUAAAAUAUUACCCUCCCUGACUGACAUAUGUACUGAACAAGUGUUGAUCAUGCUCUAUAACAGCAUUAGUGUCAGUGCAACACCCAAGGGACGUAAACAACAACAUGAAUAUGUUUCUUCAACUCUGAAUUCAAACAUUCGGCAGCAUCUAAUCAAUAUUAUAUUCCAACAACCCUUGCAUAAGAAAACUUUCACUGGCAAAUGUUUUCUUCUGGAGAUGCUAGGGGACCGUAGUACUCAAACCAUUGACUUUACCCAAGUAGGAAGCGUUUAUAUUGAUGAAGUGUGGCACUUUUACCGCACUCUCACUAUUGGCUUAAUGACCAACCUUACCAAGCUUGGGCUGGCCUGCAAUCUAAGGAAAUUGAGUGAUAAGAAAUAUCUUCUAGAUGUUAAUAAUACUCUUUAUCGUGUCAUCAGCCAAAUGAAAAACUUGCGAUGGGUCACACUGAUUGGGGUGGGAGAUGGGACAUUGCUGGAGAGUCUGGGUACAAAUUGUAUUCACCUUGAAUACCUCAAUGUCAAUGAAUCUUUUAGAGUAAAUGAUGAAGCAAUUGCCAGUCUUCUGCUGAAAGAUCCAGAGCUUGCACAGGGUCAGAGUGAAGAUACCCUCUGCCUCCAAGACAUCCAGACAAAUCCUUGUGCAUUGAAUCUCAAGAUGGUAGGUGUCAGUGCAACCAGUGUCAGUUUAACAGGUGUUUUGGUCCUUCUUCACUAUGUCCCCAAGCUUAAGUCACUUGGAGGCCCUAUUCAAGCUGGGUCUGUGAGCAGUAUUCUUGAGCAUCUAAGCCCAGAAGAUGGGAGCAAGGUUUUGAAGCUGAAUGAAGUAUGGGAGACAAGAAUUCUUCCUUAUCAAGCAUCUCUCUUGAGUAUGAUGUGUCCAAACCUCAUUUGCCUCACUUGUGAUGUGUCUUCACUUGACUCUUUGUACAUCAUCAAUUCCAUUUCAGCUCUCACCCUCAAACUCUACUUCCGAAACUGUGUCAUUGAUACCUACAACUACCUCUUAGGCAGUGGCCAGAUCCUCAAAAAACUUAUUUUUGUGGACCAUAUCAAUUGUGGUUUAGAUCUGUCAUGGCUGGUUGAACUUACCCCAAACUUGGAGCACCUGGAGGCCACACUUACCAGGGAGGAUGAGGGUGAAGUAGCAAAAUGGCAUUUCCUGAGGGUUGCUAAAGUCACUGUGCAGUCUUCUAAAGUCACACUUGCAUUGUUGACACAUGCACCAGCAUUAACAGACCUGGACAUUACAUUUGUAAUGGAACCUUAUAAGGAGACCUUUGAAUGCAUCAAUGAUGACUUGAUUAUCAAAGCAUUGAUUAACGGUGGUCUUACACAACUACAGAAACUGCAUAUCAAUGAAUGUGCUUUAAGCAUGAAGGGCAUAGUGUCCCUCAUCCUGCACUGCCCAAAUUUGACAUACUUGGCACCUCUUGGAUUUUGGCAUGGUGUAAGCCCUCAGAGCAUUUAUGUGCUUUGCAAGCGAAUAAAAGAAAGGAACUGGAAGCUCAGAAUUGUUAAGCAUGUUGAUUGGGAAGAUGAACAAGAGUCUUAUGAACAUUAUGAUACUUUAUAUCAGUUGGCAGCCUGUACCUCUUCCGGGGGUUCAUAGUAAUUGUGAUAAUUGCUGCUAAGUGUAGAGGCCAAUUGUACUUGCUGUAGUGAGUAAUGAGCUAAGGAGAUUAUGAUAAAGAACUGUCUGCGGUGGAGAUUUUAUCAGUUGCUGCUCUCUCGUCUUUUCUCUUCUCUUCCCUCUUUUUUUUUUUUCAUUUUUUUCUCUUUCCUCUUGUCUUGUCUUCUCUUCUCUCUGAUCCUCCCUUUCUUCCUUUUCCCAAUCUCCUACUCCUCCCUUACUUACCCCCUUCCUUCCUUUUUGUGCCUAUUAUAUGUCAAUUUUGAUAUUUUAUUUACUGCCAUUUUUACCUAUUAUACGUUUAUUAUCUGCCAUUUUUACGUACUAUAUAUUAUUUACUGCCAUUUUUACCUCUGAUAUUUCAGUUUUGAUAUUUUAUAUUCUGCAAAUUGGUAGAAGUUGAAGUAGAUAGAUGUAGUAUCUGAAUUAGUUUUUUUCACAGAACAGUAAAUCAAAAUCUACAAGUGCAUUUGUUGCCAUGAUUUGAAUGUAAAUUGAGCAAACACAUUGAGUAAAGUAUUUUUGUAAACAAUUCUUAACAUAUUUUACUUUAUGAUGAUUAGAAGUAAAAAAAUUGCAAAAGACCUUUGUAAAGAUGUUUUAGUUCUUUUAGCUUUGGUUUAAUUGUUUCAUAAUGCUUUUUAAUUUGAAAAAAAGUAAAAAAAAGAAGUGGAAAGGCCACUAUAUUGAAACAUUGUUGUAAUAAUAGUAGUAAUAGUACUUAAAAAUAGGGUUAUUUUCUAGGGAGUGUAACUGUUGAAUGUUUAAUGUAGAGAAUUUAAGUUCUAUGAUUUAUAUGUGUUUAAUAAUUUUAAUGUCAUUGCCUUCAAGCUUGAUGUAAAUAGGCAAAAUUCAAGAUGAUAUAUAAAAAAGAAAUAUUGGUUUUAUUUUUAGAAAAUGGUUACUGCAAUAUUUACUGUUUUCCUUUGCUUCUUUUAUUUAUAUUGUAUUUAACCAACUUUAUUUAUUAUUCUUACGUCAGUAUAUCAUGUCUAAGAUUUUAACAUUUUAAGAAAAUUCAUUGUAGAAAAUAAAUGAUGAUACUUGAUUCUUCAUUAAGAACACCAUAAUAACCUUUUAUUGAAACUGGAAUGUUAUGUACAGCAUAUUUAUUUACAAAUAUGUUCUCAGAGUCGUUGUUAUUGACUCCAAGGGCUUGAUAGACCAUCCAAGAGGGUUCUUGCAGGCUUAUAAAGGUCCAUGCCUGCUUUUCAUUUUCUAAAAACCCAUUUACAUAGGGAGUGAAAGUAUGUGUGACCACGCUGUCUAGACAGUCACACAGAUUUCCCACUCUCUUACACAUAAUCAUUUAUACACAACCUAAAAAAGUGUGUGAAAGUGAGUGACUGUGUGAUAGCAAAGUUCCAGUGAAAACCUCUGAUUUUGAUUCUAUAAUGAUAUGCAUAUUUGGAGUAAUUUAUCUAAAACUAUAGUGUAUAAAAUGACUGUCUAUUUAAAUUAUAUGCUUUGGGGUCAGUGGAAAUUUUGAAACUGUAUUGGAGGGUUGACGGACUGAAAUUAAUGUAAGAUAAUAGGGGAACUGAGAACUCUUGCAUACUUUUCAUACAUUUUUAUUUACUUAUUCUUAUUACAGGCAAUAAUUUCUAUCUCUCAUUCUCCAAUGUUAACAUUUUCAGAUAUGAGAUCUAUUUUACA